AUGAUGGAUUAAAGAGCUGAUAAAGUUUAACUAAAAAAUGAAAUGAAUUAGACUAAUUCUAAUUAAAAUUCCCUUAUCUAAAUGUUUCUUGAUAUUGUUGACAUCUAAUCUCUUCAAUAAUAAUCUAUUGUUGCUGAAAAUAAUCAAUAUAAAAUAGAGUUUUCUACUAAAAAUACAUUUAUGUGCAAAUAGGCUGAAAGUUCUUUAAUUAGAUCUAAUUAGGAUGAUAUUAGCAAGGAUAAGCACAAGAGCAAGACAUCAUAUCAUUUAAAAAAUUCAAAUGUUAUGAAAAACAUACUAAAGUCAUUUUAAAGGUGUAUCGAGAAUGAGCAAGACGAAUAAUAAAAAUAGAAUUUUUGCCAUCUCAGUAAUGUUACUUAUGGACACGCCUAGUUGUGCAAAUUCUUAAAAUUAAGUCUGAAAACUGAAGGAAAGAGGUGGAAUAUGAAAGCUAAAAACUUGGUAGAAAAAUCUAAAUUGAAAUCGCUUUUUGAAUAUUAUCUAACAAAUAUUAAUAAAUUGUGGCUAGACAAUAGCAAAGUCUCAAAUAAAUAAGAGCAUGAAGAUUUAGUUAUUUAUUUGCUUAAUUAAAUUUAAAAUCCUAGUGAUACUUGCAGGAUAAGGUUUUAUUAGAAAAGCAAAUAAAUUAUUAAAAGCUGUGUAUGA